AUGGAGAAACCAAAAUCAGCAGCACCCUCACCACCGUCACCGCCACAUGCAGCCACCGCCAACGGCCGUUCACUCGAUAACUUAAAAUCGCUGCUAAUAAAAUGCGCCAAUGCCUCUGGAAAAUCGCUCACUCCUCCACAGAAAGCCUUCAUCGAUUCACGCAUCCAACAAAUUUUUCCCAACAUCCACACGCCUGAUCACCCCCCUUACGCUUGGAUGAUCGAGAAUGCGAUUAGACAGUUGAACGAGAAAGGAGGUUCUAGUGAGGAAUCAGUAUCCAAGUUCAUCCUAAAAGAACAUCAAGACUUGCCAUUUGCACAUACUGCUUUGCUUAAGCACCACCUGGAAAAAUGUGUCGAUCUUGUUAAAAGUCACAACGGAUGUUACUCCAUCGGUAAAUCAAGCCCAAGCCCAAGCCCAAGCCCAAGCCCAAGCUCUGACCCCAGUUAUUGCUUUAGUCAUGCAUAUGAAUCUAGCUCCAGUGAGAGUUUCAGCCCAAAGAAGGGUAAAUGCAUACAGAAGAAGAAGAAGAGAAAGAAUAGAAAAAAGACUCGAAAUGCAAGAAAAAUUGUAACCAAUCAGAAUUCAGGCAGGGCCUGUCAAGUGAGUGUUGAUCAAGAAAAUGAGCAUCCUAUUGAGUGUGUAGCACUAGAAAAUAUUGUCUUCAUUGACAUUGGGGCUUCUGAUGGUGAGAACAGAGCUGAUGGAGAAAGGAUUGAGUGGUUACAAAACCAAGACAAAGGCUCAGUGGCUGAUGACAUUCCUUUGUCUCGUAGGAAAAAGUGGAUUUCUGUGAGAAAGAAUUUUGAGCAAAACAAGAAAGUUGUUCGUCCGAGACGUAUGACUGAGGCUGGAAAAAGACGAGGUAGAACUCGUAAGAGAGAUAUGCCGCAUGAAGAAUGUGGAAACAAUAACAAUAUGAUUGUUCAAGCGGAAGGAGACGAAGACACACUAGACAAACUCAUUGAAGAGGUUUACGCAGAACUCAAGGGAAAUCGAUAUCAACCAACUCAACUCAAUCAAAUGUACGAAAUCAUUGAUUUGGAAACAACGGAACCGGAAUGCCAUCUUCUUACUGAUGAGGCUAUCAACAAUCAAUUUCAACAAGGACAAGAAGCUAAUGAGAUUGGUCAAGAAUUACGACUGGAAAAGGGAGAAAUCGAAAUAAUUGGCCAAAUCAAUACGCUCGAUAAAAUUGAUUUGCAGUCUCAUGAUUGA